UUUAAUCCCCACUAAGCCAAAUAUAGUAAGGUCUAAACGGUAGUGUCUUUACAGUCGCAGAAUACCCUGGAGCAACAGUCAAACCACACGUCGAAACUGCUGCGUGUUUCAAGGUAACCUGAAGUCUCAUGCACCAUCACAACUGAAUCGCCGCGUGCUGUCUUUAACAACAACGGCCAGGGCUAAACCCCUGAUCAGAUUCACACCAGUAAUAAAUUACUCCUACAGUACUAAGCACAGGCUGCAGGUUAAACCUCGCUCCGACCAUAUAUAUAUUGCCGGCACCGGCAGAAGGCAGAAGGCAGAAGGCAAGGCAAAGCCAAGCCAUCCCCCCUCCUCUGGCUCCCUGCCUCUUUCACACGGAGCACUAGUAGCAGAGUCGACGCGAGACAUUCGUUCCCUUGUCGCUUGGCAUGGCCAUCCCGCUACCGGGGAAGGCGCUGCCGCGGCAUGACGUGAGUAAGGGCGGCGGCCAGGCGGACGCCGACGACGCGGCGGCGUGGCCGGGCGGCGACGACGACCAGCCGUCGGUGGUGGCGGAGCUGCGCGCGCUGUGGGGCAUGGCGGCGCCGAUCACGGCGCUCAACUGCGUGGUGUACCUGCGCGCGAUGGUGUCCGUGCUCUGCCUCGGCCGUCUGGGCCCGCUGGACCUGGCCGGCGGCGCGCUCGCCAUCGGCCUCACCAACAUCACGGGCCACAGCGUGCUGUUCGGCCUCGCGUCGGGGCUGGAGCCGCUGUGCGCGCAGGCGUUCGGGUCCCGGAACCACGAGCUCCUGACGCUGUCCGUCCAGCGCGCCGUGCUGCUGCUCUUCCUCGCCGCCGUGCCCAUCGCGCUGCUGUGGCUCAACGUGGGGCCCAUCCUGGUGGCGCUCGGGCAGGACCCCACCAUCUCGGCGCACGCCGCGUCGUACGCCGCGUUCGCGCUGCCGGACCUGGCUGCCGGCGCCGUGCUGCAGCCGCUGCGGGUGUACCUCCGGUCGCAGGGCAUCACGCGGCCCAUGGCGGCGUGCUCCGCGAUCGCCGUGGUGCUGCACGUCCCGCUCAACGUGGCGCUCGUCUUCGGCAUGGGCCUCGGCGUGCGCGGCGUCGCCGCGGCGCAGGCGCUCACCAACACCAACAUGCUGCUGUUCCUGCUCGCCUACAUCCGCUGGGCGCGCGCCUGCGAGGGCACCUGGAAAGGAUGGGCCCGGCCGGCCGCCGUCGCCAGCGGCCUCCCCGCGCUCGCCAGCCUCGCCGUGCCCAGCUGCGUCGGCGUCUGCCUCGAGUGGUGGUGGUACGAGGUCGUCACCGUGCUCGCUGGAUACCUCCCCAACCCCGCCGCCGCCGUCGGCGCCGCCGGGGUGCUCAUCCAGACCACCAGCCUCAUGUACACCGUGCCCAUGGCGCUCGCCGCCUGCGUAUCCACCCGGGUGGGCAACGAGCUAGGCGCCGGGAAGCCUCGGCGAGCGCGGAUGGCGGCGCUGGUGGCGCUGUGGUGCGCGCUGGCGAUCGGCGUGGUGCACGUGGCGUGGACGGUGGCGCUGAGCAGGCGGUGGGUGGAGCUGUUCACGACGGAGGCCGGCGUGGUGCGGCUGGCGUCGGCGGCGAUGCCCGUGGUGGGUCUGUGCGAGCUGGGCAACUGCCCGCAGACGACGGGGUGCGGCGUGCUCCGGGGCACGGCGCGCCCGGCCGUGGGCGCGCGCAUCAACCUCCUCUCCUUCUACCUGGUGGGCACCCCCGUGGCGGUGUACCUGGCGUUCGGCGCCCCGGGCGUCGGGUUCCGGGGCCUCUGGUACGGCCUCCUGUCGGCGCAGGCGUCGUGCGUGGCGCUCGUCCUCGCCGCCGUCGUGUGGCGCACCGACUGGCGCGUCGAGGCCAUGCGCGCCAAGAAGCUGGCCGGGCUGGAGCUCGCUCAUCCAGUCCCAACAACGACCGCCGCUGAUGACGCCGACGACGCCGCCGAGGAGAGGAAGCGCCUCGUGGUGGCCGGCACCGGCGAGCCGGCGGCGGAGGGUGGUGUGUAGUAGUUGAGUAGUAGUGGUAGGUAAGGUAGCGACAGUGCAUGUAGCAGCUGGAUGAUGACAGCGACCCGACGUGCGUGCGUGCAGGGUCGCCGUCGUCGCCGGAGCCACGCCUGUCCACCCAGACCCAGCAUCAAUGGACGCAACGGAUCAUAGACGAUCGAGUUGCUUGUGGCUUUUCGCUGCUGCCUAGCUCGCUGGCUAUAGACUAGUAGUAUUGCUUUGUGUGGCGUGCAGUGCAGUGCAGGGGCCUGGACGCCUGUGCGAUGGUGGUGGUGGCUGCUGUCGCGGCGCGCAACUAGCUAGGAGGAGUAGGAGUAGCUAGCUAGCGCCGGCAAGUGGUGGCCAUGCAUGUUGUAGUAGUUGUUGUUGCACCCAAUCCAUCCAUCGACGGAUCGAUCGACCGA